AUUCAAUACUCAGAAAAAUGAAAAGUCACACAUCAAACAAUUUCCCUCUUGUUCUGGGUUUAGCAAGGGUUUUUCUUUAUUAUAAAAUCCCCCAAAUUCAGCCAUGGGAGCAGCUUUAUCUUCAUCUCAAAACCCUAGCCCCACUACACCCAAUUCUCCCGCUGCUCCAAACAUGUCCUCAUCUCCCUCAAUUCCGCAAAACCCAGAUCCCAAUUCUUCCGAAAGUCAAAACCCAGAUCCCAAAAUCCUUGAAGAUCAAACCCCAGAAAUCUCUGAUCAACCCAGCAAUCUAGAUGAAAAGGAGAGAGAGAAUGGCGGAGAAGAAGAAGAGGAAGAAGAAGGGGAGUGUGGGUUUUGCUUGUUCAUGAAAGGGGGAGGUUGUAAGGAUGAGUUUGUAGCUUGGGAGAAGUGUGUAGAAGAUGCGGAGAAGAAUCAGGAAGAUAUUGUUGAGAAAUGCUUUGAAGUUACUGGGAAUUUGAAGAAUUGUAUGAUAGCUCAUUCGGAUUAUUAUGAACCUAUUUUGAGGGCGGAGAAAGCGGCUGAGGAGGAGGUUAAGCAAGAAAUGGACCGUGAGGCGGCGGCGAAGAGCGACGAGCAAGGUUCCGAUUCGAAGGCGGUCGAGGGGAGAGCAGAGAUUGAGGUUCAGAAGGAGAAUUAGUGUUAGAGGUUUUGCUAAUUUUUUGGUAGCCAAAAUUGGGAAUUUUGUUUCUAAUUACAAUGGAGGAAAGCAAUUUCUGUUAUAGAGGUAAAUUAAGUUAAAAUUUAAGAAAUUGUGCGUUAUACAAUCACGUGGCAUCAAAUAUUUCUACUUUGUAGAGUUUGAUUUGGUGCUAAAUUAAUAAUUUUGACAUGUGAAGAAGAAUACAUUUUGAUGUCCAGUUUUGUGGACAGUGAUUAUUCAUGAAACUACUGCGAAAAUUGAUGUAUAUGGCGGAUUGCCCGCCUCUUUUUAUUUGGAUUAGUUGAAAUUCUGUGUUUUGAUGCAA